AUCAAGAUGGCGGAAAUCAAUAUUGGAAAACAAUGUUCAUUUUCAACUUGUCAACGACUGGACUUUCUGCCAUUCACUUGCGGGAACUGUUUAGCGAUAUUUUGCCUCGAGCAUCGUUCGACAACUGCACAUAAUUGCACUGCAAAACCACGUGAAACUACCAAGAUAAAUCACUCAACACCGAAAGAUGGCAUCAAGUGUUUUCUAGAGAGUUGUCAGAUUCGCGAGAUUUUGCCUGUGAAGUGCGAAAAAUGCCUACAAGAAUUUUGUUUGAGACAUCGACAUCCUCAGGACCAUUUCUGCUCAAAACUAGGCGAGGAAAACUCUUCGAAUGAAAAACAAAAUUCAGAACGAGCUACCGUAAGCAAGAAAGAAAAAAAGGGGCGUGGUGGGGCGAGGUCAAGGAGUAGAGAGGCGAAAGUUGCUCUCAUGAAGAUGAAGUUGCAUGCUGUUGGUGAUUCUUCCACGCCUCGGGACGAACGUAUCUACUUUUCCAUUCUUCUCCCGGAGGGCUCGUUGACGCGUACGAAAGCAAUGUUUUUUUCAAAGAGGUGGAGUGUUGGAAAGACGAUCGACGAAAUUGCCAAGACAUGUAAAUUAAAAAACGAAAAUAACAAACAACCUUCCAAGAAACUACGGCUUUUUGAGACGUGUUCAAGACAGCUCACUAUUGAUAGUAGUUUAGAAGAAGAAAUUAGCCGAAACUCGGAAACUUUGUUCAGUGGUUCGGAGUUAAUCAUACAAUAUGUCGAAGAUAAAUAGUGAAAGCCCAGAUAGAGUCACCGAUGACAUAAACGGGUAACACUUCAUGAAGACUGGAUCGCGUUCGUAUCUUGCCGUAAAUGAUCGGAAAGGAGUCGUAUGGUCAUUGCCUUAUAUUCGCCACAAGUACUGAUAUAUAUAAAGACUGGAUAACGCAACCUAAUUCUGGUGCCUAAAAAAUUUUGAGCCAAUUUUUGACAGCGGCGGCCAUAUUGGACUGUCCACUUCUAGUAUAUGUUUUAUAAUGAAUUUUUCUUGAAUGCAUUUUUGUUAUUUUCUCUUUCCAAAAUCAUGCCAAAUCUUUUAUGAUAUUUUAACAACGGGAGAAGAUUUCUAUAUGAAAUUUAGCGAACUUGAAUUUUCGUCCAAAACCGUUUUAUCACAGUCUUGCCAUUAAAAUAAUUCUUUUUUUGUCCCAAGAGUGAAACAAAUGAUCCAAAGUAAAUGCGAGAGUAGCAGUUUGUUAUAUAAAACGUAUAUAAAAACUGAAAAAGUGGACAGUCCAAUAUGGCCGCCGCCCGGCUUCAAGUCAAGUACGAAGCUGCGUUAUUCAGUUUUAUACAUAUCAGUGACCAAAAGGCCUAUUAAACAGCAAACGUAAAUGCUUCCAAUUGCAUCAUGGUCGCACAAUAAUUUUUAACGUUGCUUAAAUGAUUGUCCCUUGUAUUAAAACAUGAUAAUUACAUAUUGGUUGUGCAACGAUAUUUCACUAAAUACAAACUUCUUAAAGUAUAAAUGUCUACAUUUUACAUACAGCAAA